AUGGCUAUCUCCAAGAACUUACCAUUGUUGAAGAACCACUUCAGAAAGCACUGGCAAGAGCGUGUCAAGGUUCACUUUGACCAAGCCGGUAAGAAGGCUUCUAGAAGACAAGCUAGAUUGGAAAAGGCCGCCAAGGUUGCCCCAAGACCAGUCGAUGCUUUGAGACCAAUUGUCAGAUGCCCAACCAUCAAGUACAACAGAAGAGUUAGAGCUGGUAGAGGUUUCACUUUGGCUGAGAUCAAGGCUGCUGGUUUGUCCGCCAAGUACGCCAGAACCAUCGGUAUUGCUGUUGACCACAGAAGACAAAACAAGUCCCAAGAGACUUUUGACGCCAACGUCGCUAGAUUGAAGGAGUACCAAUCUAAGUUGGUCAUCUUCGACAAGAAGUCCAAGGCUGAUGCUGAACAGGUUUCUGUUGCUGCUGCUUUCCCAGUUGCUCAACCAGCUACUGAGUCUGCCCCAAGAGCCGUUGAGGUUCCAGAGCAAACCGCUUUCAAGACCUUGAGAGCCGCCAGAAACCAAAAGAAGUACAAGGGUAUCAGAGACAAGAGAUCCAGAGAGAAGGCCGAAGCUGAGGCUGACAAGAAGAAGAAAUAA